UCGCUCGGGGCGGCGCCGCUCGGAGCGGUCCGUGCAGGAGGAAGCGCAGCCGGGGCAGAGCGGCCCCGCAGCGGCCGGAGCCGCGCUCGGGGUGGGCAGUGCCACGUGUCUGACAAGGGCAGGGACAUGGAUCGGGGAGUCACCGUGCAGAACCCCUACGCCAGCGUCAACAUCCCGCGGGAGCAGUUCCAGCAGAGCUUCAUCACUCGCUACCUGAGAGACGAGCCCACCGUCAUCGCCAACCCCGCGGCCGUGCCCUCCUACGGCACCGGGGGGCACACAGAUCUUGCCAAUGGCUGCAACAGCCCUGCCAUCUCCACAGACAAGUCCUGGUCCCGUCCCUACAACCCCUAUGCCAGCCUGAGGAUGCCCAAUGGGGACUCGUCUGCCUCCUUCUACACCGUGACCCUGGAGAAGCCACCCAAGGGCCAGGAGCAGGGGGCUGGCAGUCGAUGUGGCUGCUGCAGGUGCUGCUCCUGCUGCCCAAAGUGCUGCUGUGUCAUCUCCUAAGGGCCCUCCCUGCACACACGGGAUGUGUGACCAUGGGAUGGGGCCAGGUGACCCCACAGGGACAUGACUGCUGGCCUGGGCACCCCUGGCAGAGCUGGCACUGGCUGGACUGAGGUUGCUUUUUACUUGUGAACUUUGUAGCCAGAUGUGCUGGUGAUGGGUACCUGCCAGGUGGGCCAUAAGGACAAUGUGUGCCAGGACAGGUGUCACCAAGAAGUGACUGCACUGGAGAAGGGGCAGCACUGAGUCUGUGAUCCUGCACUGAGCCCCUGCCAGUGCCCCUGUGCUGGGAACUCCACCCUGGCAAGGGGCAGGCAGUGCCCACCUGCUCGAGGCUGGGUUUGGAUGCUGGCAGCCCUGCGUGCAUGGCAGAGGAGGACAUCAUCAUCACAGUCCUGGAGCAGUGGAGAGGAGCCAGGGACAAGCCUCCAGCUGGCACAGGGACCCACCUGCCCAGAAGUGAGUGUCCCCCCUCCCACAGCAUCACAGGGGUGCUGCUGGCCCCCUGCACCAAACUCCAUCUGGAUCCUGCUCCUCCUCACCACACUGCUCAUGGGGCAGAGCAAUGGAAACGGGAAAGACAGACAGCCAAAGCAUGGCAGAGUGCUGGGCCACGCUCCAGGGCAGCACCUGAUGGCACAGCAUGGAUGUGGGCAUUAACAUCCCGGUGCCAGGAAAGCCCCUGGCCCCAUUCUGUUCCUCCUGCCAGGCUUGUGGGGUGCUGGGCACAACCUCUUGUCCCAUCUGCAUCCCAGAGAUGGGUCCAGCACAGAGGGCUGGCCCAGCUCCAGCAGUGGGGCAGCACUCGGGCACCUUGCUGGGGAGGCAGAGGCCCGGCAUUGGCCUUUUGCAGCUCCCAGGGCUUGGAGGAAGGGGGGAGGAGCCGCUGGCUCUUCCCCGUGUGCUGGAGCUCCUCCAGGCUGGGCUUUGGGCUGGGGCUGCUGCCAUCGACCUGGAACAAGCCCGCUCUUGUGCUGAUGUCCCGCCGUGCUGCUGACGUCCCUCCCUGGUGCUGGCAGCCCUCCCUGGUGCUGGUGUCCCAGCACAGCUGCUCUGCUCCCUGGCUGCUGCAGGACUGCCUGCUCUGUGGGACCAGGGCUUGGGAGGAGUGCCUGUGUUUGCAGAUGACU